AUGUGGACACGUGUGUCGACAAAAGAUCAUCUCAGUUUAUUGAUGAUAGCUGCUUCAGUUGGAGAUGACAUGAUAGUACGUGAAAUACUCUCUCAUUCACCGAAUAUAGUAAAAAUCGUUGAACUUAGAGGACGAAUGCACAGUUCCGAUGGAGAUCUAGUCAACAAUGUAACUGCAUUAUGGUGUGCUCUUGAUCGAGCUCAUUUUACUGUAGCACAUACUCUGAUCGAUAUAGGUAAAGCCAAUGUCAACCAUGGUUCACUUCAUCCAUUAUUAAUUGAUGCUGUAAUUCGAGGAAGACUUGACAUUGUUCAUUUUCUCGUCGAUAAUGACUAUGCUGAUAUUAAUCAAACGAAAACAAAUGAUGAACAUGGAUGCAGUAAUCUGAUUGAAUCGGUUACCUAUGGUCAUACCUCGAUCGUCGAGGAUCUCAUCCGGAAAAAUGCGAAAUUAGAAUUAAAAACAUCUACUGAUGGAAACACAGCGUUAGCUGUUGCGGCAAUCAAAGGAAAUCUAGAAUUAGUACAAUUUUUGUACAUGGCAGGUGCUUCAUUGUCUAUAAGAAAUCAUGCAAACAAAACGCCAAUAAGGUUAGCAGCCGAAAAUGAGCAUUUCAAUGUCGUUGACUAUUUUCUUGAACAAGAUCAUGAUGCUGCGGUGUUUAAUGAUCUUGAACUCGCUGUUGCUUCACAUAUACUCACCUAUAGGAAUACUUCAAAUUACAAAUCAGAAUGGGUAAUAGAAUUAUUCCGAUAUUUAUUAGCCAAACGAAUACAAUUCAAUGUACCAAAAAACAUUCUUGAACCAACUGAUUUGUAUGGUUAUCAACAAGAAUGUCAAACAAUUGAUGAAUUUAAUCAAAUUCAAAGCAACGAUGAUCGUUUGCAUGUCGAAGCGUUACUUAUACAAGAACGUAUUCUUUUAAAUGAUAAAGAUAAUAAAUUAUUAUCUUGGUUGUUCGAUCGAGCAAUGGUACUUAUUACGAAAGGUCAAUUCGAUCAGUGUCUCGAUGUAGUCCUACAUAUUUAUCAUCUAUCUCAACGCAGUGAAUAUCAGCCUUCUCUCAAACAAUAUUUUUGGAUUUUCUACACUAUGUUCAGAUCAAAAGAACCUAUUCCUGAUCAUCGAUUCUGGGAAACAUGCGAUCUGAUCUUCAAGUCUUCGACACCAAAUUUUAAUCAUUCUCAUAAAAGAGAUAAAUUUUAUCUACUUGAUUUAGGCUCAAAGAUUGAUUUUCCUGAUAUUUCGAUGGUUUUAAAUGCAAUAAAUUUAAAGUACAAAAAUGUUGCAAAUAUUUAUUGUCAUGGUUCAUGGGUUCAAGGGACAUGUACACCAACAUCUGAUCGAGAUCUAAUCAUUGUGACAUAUUCUCAGCAAGAUCCAUUAAGUUUUUGGGAAGAUUUUGAUUAUUUUCAUGAAUUUGAAUUACAUAAAUUAUUCAAUAAAUAUGAUGUAUGUAUUUAUUCUGUGGAAAAUUUCGAAAGAUUAUUAGAAAAAAAUUAUUUACUCUGUGUACAAUGUUUAUUUUUACCCGAAGAAUUUAAAUUGAAAGAAGAGAUCGAUUUUCGUCCGAUUUAUUUCAACAAAUUUUAUGAUCCAAAACGAAUUAAACAAGUGGCUUUCUAUGAAAUGUACGCUUCUAUUAUACUAAUUAAUCCUCCGAAGAGAUCAAGUCCGUCUUCUAAUACUUUAACAGAUGAUCAAAAAACUCUAUCACGUCGCGAUUUUAUAUUCAAAAAUUUAUUUCACGGAAUUCGAUUCUUGGAUCUUGCUGAACAAUUAAUUCAGACACGUUCUAUCUAUGAUCUAACACGUGUAUCACAUAUAUUAGAUAUCAUGAAAGAUAUACGUGGUGAUCCGACAGAUCAAUCAGCUUUAGAUCGUGUACUUGAUUACGUACGCGUUAAAAGUACGGUGAUUAAAUCUCGAUUGGAUGCACUGGUACCAAGAGAUCCUAUUGAAGGUAUAUUUAAAGUAUAUAUUACAUUUAAAUAUCAAUCAAAUUUUCAACAAAUGCUGAAAAUCCUUAGGAAAAAAUUUUACAAUACAGAAUAUCAAUUAGCAAUUAUACAAACAAAUAUAUAUUCAAAGAACGGUGAAUCUUCACAAUUAAUUGCCAUACGAUCUUAUCGUGGUGAAUAUCCAUCAAUCAUUCCAGUAAUUGAAAAAGAAGUACAUGAAGAUUUUGCUGGUUUUGAUAUAGUAGGUAUAACAGUCAAAUCAUUAGUAUCAAAUAUAGGUGUGCCAAUCAAUGAUAUUGAUACAAAAUUAUUUUGGAAUGAACAAAUUAAUUGUUUCGAAUUUCAUUAUCAAUUAUCACCAAAUCAAUUAUACCCAAAAAGGUCGUUCCGAGCAAUGAUGAAUGUUCUUCAUGGAAAAUGUAGAUUGGAAUCAUAUCUAUCAUUAUAUUCAAUAAAACGAAUCGACCCAAACGUAUUUCAAACUAGAUGGAAAAUAUUUUUGUUUAAUGUUGGUCGGCAAACAGCAUUAGAAGUGAAUGAUGAAGUGAUGAACAGCACAAAACAAUAUAUUAUUAGAUUAUCAAAAAUUGAGUCAGAAUUUAUUGUUUAUCAUACAAAUAUCGACUGA